AUGUCGUUGAAUCACUCAAGACCGCACGUCGCAUAUGUGCUUGUGGCCGACUUUGACAUCGACACGGGCUCGGUGCUCAGUCACCAGUACCCAUGCCCGACGGGAACAGAUGAACAAACUCUGGCCGAAUCCAUGCUUCCAGACGGUGUCCACCUCACAUCCGAAGCCUGGACCGUUUUUUUCCUCAAUCAAACACCAGACUCGCAAGUUGUAUCGUACGGUGAAGACGAGCAAUCUUCUGGAUCACCCACACGAGAAAAGAGAAAGGAUAUUCUGCACGUCCUUAAUCUCGUGAGAAACAAGGCAGAUCAGGGAGUACGCAGAGGCGCAGUCGUAAAGGCCAUUGCAAUAUGCACGCAUCUCCCCUAUUUCCAGAUCUUCAAGCCAAUCAUGCUUAUUGCACUGGACGAGUAUUACAAAAAUCCGACAGAAGCUUGUGUAAAAGAGUUUUAUGACACCCUAAACGCUCUCGAUCUUUCUAUGGUUCCCCAAUUGACGCGUCACGAGCGACUAGUUAUGCGGCUAUCUGAUCGCACGGACAUCUUCUCGGAGAAGUUUUCUCGUCGUCGGUCGCGCGAGAUUCCUGGUGACCUUCAUGUGUUCGACGCAGGGCCUGAGCUCUCCACGGCGCUCAAUGGCUCGAAAGAGGUCGUGAAUCAAGCACUAUCCCGCUCUCAGUCGGCUGCAUCACUCAAAAACCAUCGGCGAACGACGAGUACAGCGAGUGGAGAACAACCAUCGGAGGCGUCUCAUGACUCAAGUAAUGGCGUGAUCUGGACUGGAGAUGAUAGUUCAAGGGCAAGCAACGCGCUUUCUGGCUUGCAGUCCAAUGGCUCGUUUGACGCGCUCAAGAGUCGGGAGGACCUCCUGCCAGUCCCAUCCGACUCUAGUCACCCUGCCAAAUCCCGAAUACAACAACGUGAUACUCACUUUUACGAGACCACGAUCAAGUAUGCCAACAUCCCCCUUCCCAUCAAAAUCCCAGUGUCUACGUUCCCGGAGGAAGUAGGAGACUUCUCCUUGACGGCCUUUAUCAAAUAUCUCUCUUCAAAUUCGGUGACAGUGCAGGGGCCUCUGCACCCUCAAAUCCACACUAGCGGACGUCAGACACAUCCCAUAAUUGUCAUAUUCAACGCAAUUAUUACUCAAAAGCGUGUCAUGUUUGUCUCAAAGCAGAAAUCCGCUGCAGAUGUGUCAAACUGCGUGCUGGCAUCCUGCGCCAUGGUCUCUGGAGGUGGAUGUUAUCUGCGUGGCUUCGUAGAGCGUGCAUACCCCUACAUCAAUCUUGCCACCUAUGAGAAGACCUGCGAAAAGUCAGUUGCCGCCAUCCACACAAGUGUUACAUCUGACCACAUUCAGAGCGACCAAUGGCUUUAUUGCGGGCUCCUUGAACCCACUUUUGCACAAAAAGACUCGUACUGGGACGUUUGCUGUGAUCUCGACCUUAAUGUUAUCAAGGUCCGGUCAGACAUUCCGAUACCUGCACCAGCCCCUUCACUAUUCCCUAUACCUCCUACAUUGAGCAACCCCGGGAAGGUUAUAGCUCAAGCAGAAGGUAUUAGAUCGACGCAAGAUGAGUUCGGAGCAAUGGGGAGUACAAAUCAGCUCCCUCAGUCACAGGCGAAUAAGAUUGAUUAUGCUGGGCGACAAGAUGCCUACGAUGCAAUGUUUAUCGAAGAGUUGCUGGGUGCCAUCGCAAAUCAUGUCGGAGAAAGCGGCAUACGAGCCCGCUUUGCAGAGUACGUUUACAGGUUUCUCCAGCUAGCAUCAAGAUACGAAGAGGACACGCUGCGUCUCACCUACGUGGGAUAUCCGUGUGCACAAUAUACAUUUAAUAAUCGGACCGGCCAGUCAACUCUCGGCAGUGGUAUUCGAUUUGCAGACGAAUUCACUGGAUUACGAGAGCUUAGUUUGAAUGCAGCUAGGAUCGAGGGAUGGAGAAAGAGCCCCAGCUACGAGUACUGGGUUCAAGAUUUUCAGAAAGAGCAAGAAAAUAACCCUAUCCAAGGGUUUGACUUGGAACAUCAAGUUGUUCGCCUUCGCAACGGGAAGAACGUCCCAGAAGGAGAGGUGGCCUUGAUCUUGGAGACAAUGUGUAAGAGCAUAAAAAACUAUGAUCAAGUCGUCGAGAUGCUCGUUCACUGUCCUCCCCAACAAGGAGGCCUACAGCCAAUAGCCAUGUGUCUCUUUCAUCAACAGGAAAGUAUUCGCAAUAUGGCUGUAGAUCUUUUAAACGUCAUUCGCGAUUACCCUGUCGGCUUCCAGUUUCUACAGUCGUUAAACCAGUUCUUCCGCUACUCGUACAUUCGCCAGGCCAACGAGCAGCAGCAGUCUUGGCGAGAACCGCUUCCAAACAGCAACUCACAAAAGACUCCAUCGAAUCAUAGCCAAGUCUCACUUGGUGCCGCGUAG